AUGACAAACUUCCUCAACUCGGUUGCCGCCCGCGCAAAGGCCCACCACGAGAGCGUCAACGCCGCCUGCAACGCCUACUACACUGGCUCGCUCCCCGCCUCGCAACAAGCCUCGCCCUCUGCAUCCCGCAACUCGUCCAUGGCAAGCCCUUCAUCCAGCCACAAGAACCCAACCAACCUUUCCAAGGCGUGGAAGGCCUUCAAGAAGCACCACGAGGAGAUGAACGCCGCCUUUGCCGCCUACUACAGUCCAAACAGCUCUCCCCACGCCUCGCGCAACACGUCUGCCGUCUCCAGCCCCAGGCACAGUGUCGAGGCCCCGAGCAAGUCGCUUGCUGCCGACCACACAGUGCAGCUUCAGGCCGAGCAGGCUCCCCGCAACUACCAGAAGGCGUGGCGGGGCUUCAAGAACAGGGUUGUCGAGCACCACCGCAGCAUCAAUGCCGCUUUUGACCACACCUAUGGCAUGCACAUGAAGUAA